UCCAAAGAAGAAAACUAAAACAGGUUCUUCGACCCCCCUCUCACGUUUCCCAGUACAGUACAGUAUAGUGAAUCAAACCCGGGUUGGCUGUUCUGCGCUUGCUAAGCUCACGUUCUUUCGCCUCACGCAACAGAGAUGUUUGCCUGUAGAGUGGCCUGGCGAAGGUGUGGACCUUUAGCCAAGAGAACAACCUGCAAACUGCUUCGCGAUGGUUUGCAACAGAGGCAAAUGUCAUCAACACCUGGCGGGUCUGGUGAAAACAUUCUUUACACUGUGCUGUGUGGUGGAGCUUUAGUUGGUGCUGUAUCAUAUGCUUUCAACACUGUGUCCACUGACAAUGCCAGAUUCAAUGAUCGCAUUUCUGAAAUUAAUGCUAGACCCAAGAAAGAAUGGACGCCUAAACCAUGGCCUCCUAAGAGCCAGGAUGUUGAAGAUGUGUAAUUGUAAUGCUAAGGUCUAUUCCUGCCUGUCAACGGAUAUUCAACCUUAAACUGGACUCUUUGGAUCUGAAAAGGAAAUCUCUUUUCCUCUAUCCUCAAGCGCAUCAGACAUGACUUUUUUCAGUUUUGGGCAAUAUUAAAGGACCACAUAUGGACUUUAAAUCACAAGUAGCCACUUCGAACAACAUUGCCAAUUGUUACAAACACCAGUUUGCGCCUCCCUAAAAUGGGUUGUUUAGAUUAGGGAUGUCCAAUUGGCGCGAAGAAAACCUGAAAGAUGCAAUGGCUGCUUUGACAUUGGUCACAUUUGGAUUAGUUUAAAAGAUAUGUGCCGCAAUUAUACACUACUCUCAAAGAGUACGGGAUUUUGGUGCUUUUGGAUGAAAUUUCCAAAUGAACCUAAAAUGCUUCUACUGGUGAUCAAAAUUGUACCUUCUCUAAUUCUUGUGUCCAACUGUCCAACUGUUUGCACACCUUGAAAUUCUCUAAGUAGCCAAACGUCAAAAUCCACGAAUGUGUUUGAUCCAUGAAUCGACCAUUCACCUUUCUGUGACUCGUCCAGUCUCUGUAUAUCUGUUGCAACCUACUGAUGACGCUCUUUAAACGCAGUGGCCAUGUUAGCUCUGAGGACAUGCUAUUUGAAGCUUGAUGAGUUCCUGUUGCUCAUUUGUUAGGUGUUGUCUUGGUCUCAUGUCAGAAUAUUAACAGCAUGACUGUAAUUUAACGCUACUUCUAAAGAACCAGAAAAUGUUUUGGCCAAUUUAUGGACCAAACACCUGAUGGGAAAUUUGCCAUUUAGCUGCCAUUCGAAUUGUGCAAUAAGGAUGUAGUACAAGCCCAACUCAACUCAACUGUAUUUCUAGAGCACUUUCAAACAGCCAUUGCUGCAUACAAAGUGCUGUACAUGGAGCAACUAACGUAAAUAUAACAAUAAAGCAAUAAUCGGUGACAAAGAUGGUAGUGGGCACCAAACAGUAAAACUAAGAUCAAAUCUGACUCGUGCUGAGUCAAAUGCCAAAGAAUACAAGUGAGUUUUGAGGCGGGUUUUAAAAAUGGGCUGUGAGGGGGCUUGCCGAAUGUUCAGUGGGAGGUAAUUCCAGAGAGAAGGACCAGCAACGGAAAAGGCUCGAUCCCCUCUGAGCUUCCGUUUGGUUCUUGGUACUUCUAAUAAUGUCUGGUCCACAGACCUGAGCCGCCGGGCAGGUGUGUAGGGACGGAUGAGCUCAGAGAGAUAAGGUGGCGCGAGGUCAUUUAAAGCCCAGUAUCCCAACUCUUUCUGUGGAGUGUUUGCAUAUCGCCACUGGCCUUUUAAAAACAACAAUGACCAUUUGUCAUUUACAUUUUUUUCUUAACAAUAGUGGAGUGUUUAUAUUUCGGACAUCCCUUUUAACAGUUAAAAAAUAAUAAUUAUGACAAAAAUGGACAGUUUUUUUUUCUCCACAGGACAGUGGCGAUAUGCACGGUUGGGGGUAUGAAUCCAGCUUGGGCCCUGCCUCGUGAAUUUCGCAUGGGUUUUCUCCAGGUACUCUGGCAUUCACCCACAUUCUAAAAACAAGCAUUGUAGUUCAUCAAAGUCUCUAAAUUGUCAUUAGGUGUUAAUGUGAACGCUUUUUUGUCUAUUUAUCACGUGGUUAGCUGACGACCAGUCCAGGUUAUUCACCGCCUUUUGCUUGAAGUCAGAUGAAUUAUGGUCCAGUGCUAAAAAGGAAAAGUGGUAUCAAAAAUUAAUAGAUUGCAUUUUAGCAGAAAAUGGAGAAACAAUUUCAAUUAGUGCCAUUUGCAACUCAAAUUAACUUUAUUCAUUGUUAUGUUCGCUUUAACUAGAUUGUUCAGGUUGUAGCAAAUCUAAAAAGCCCUCUAUAAAUCAAGACUGUUCUGUUUCUUCUUAUUAUUAUUACUAUGAUGAUGACUGCAUCAUUUUUGUUGCUGUAUUGUUAUUAAUGUUGCAAGUAGUAUUCAAGAAGCCACAUCGGAGGAAAUGUUGGUGCACCCACACUUUUCAUCUGCCUCCCACCCCUUUAAAAUAAAUAAAUAACAAUAAGGUUGCACUGGCAGAAUGAACUACAGUAAUCCCUCGUUUAUCGCGUGGGUUACGUUCCAAAAAGAACCUGUAAUAAGUGAAAUUCGUGAAGUAGGAUUUAAAAAAUAAAAAUGUGCUGUAUGGGCAUACAGCACAUUUGACAAAGUUGUACUUGGUACUUGAUCGUCAGCUUUAUUUUUUUACAGUUACUAUACAACACUUAACUAUGUAUACAAUGCAGAGGCAAUUACUUUAAGACUGCAAGGGAAGCUCGGCUUCCCCUAAAAUGUCAAAAAGUAAGUGAUCAAAUAAAUGUGUGUAGGUACAAUAGUCAUUGACUAAAUAUGCGCUCCAACGCACUCAACUUUAGUUCCGAAUCAGCGUCAUAUUACUGGUUACGACACCACUCUCUUCUUAUUCAUUCCCGCAGCUUCACUGUGCUUUAAACUGUGUGGACGCUGAGAGUCGAACACGCGAAUGCUGGGCGUCUAGAGAGUUAAGUGUAGGUUGUCCCAAUGCAUUGAAACGAGACGAGUGAUUGGAUAAAUGCUGGUUUAGUCCCGCCCAUUGGACGCUGAUCGUCUCUGGGUGUCUAUGGAUAGUGGGCGUUUAUGGGCUAUGGGCUGGCCCGGAAGCUCAGCUUUUCUGCAUGAUGAUUGGAUGAUCUGUCUGAGGCUGAAUCUCUUUUUGAUUGACAGCGAAAUGAGCCAAUCACCGAUCUUAUGGUGAAGGGAUCCUUUUCAUUUUCUUGAAAAGGAACAUAGAGUAGAAUUCACGUAUAAAUUAACGGACACAUUUUAUGAUGUAGGCCGAAAUUGAGCUUCCCCUCCUUGACAGACCAGCAUCCGCCACUGAUACAAUGAAACCAAAGACCAAAAACUUGCAAAGGUAAGUGUGGCAAGCUGUACAGAGACGAGGUGCGGAGACUGUUCAUGUUGGUCAGUCCCUUAGCUAAUCAGGACGCAGAACACAAUUCACUGUUUAAAAAAAAAAAAAAAACUGCACUAAAAAAAAAUUGUGAACCAGCGAAGCCGCAGAAGGUGAACCGCGUUAUAGCGAGGGAUUACUGUACGUACACCAAUGCAGCAGUCUCUAGAAUCCUUAUCGCCUGUCUUGCCAACGAAUGUAGAAAGUUAGUAGUGCAAUGCAGGCAAAUGAUGUUGCCUGUGUCAAAUUGUAAUUUGACACAGCCAAAAAAGCUAAUCCCAAAAAGGAAACGUAGAAUGAAGGCAGAACUUGUUUUAAAUAUUUUCAUUGUCCUUAGCACUUUCUAUAAUUGAAGGGGAUAAAAUAUGGAAAUUGCAACUUGGAUUUUUAUGAUAAAACAAAUGCUGGCUCCAGCCUUCCUGUGUAAAGUUGGGUCUCCCCGGGCCUGGAUGGGUUUUCUCCGGGUACUCCGGUUUCCUCCCACAUUCCAAAAACAUGCAUGGCAGGCUGAUUGAACAUUAUAAAUUGCCACCAAGUGUGAGUGCGAGCGAGGAUGGUUGUUCGUCUCUGUGUGCCCUGCGAUUGGCUGGCAACCGGUUCAAGGUGUCCCCCGACUACUGCCCGAAAAGGCUCCAGCACCCUGGCCCCCCAAAUGGGAGGAUAAAAUGGAUCAGAAAAUGGAUGGAUGGAUAAUAAAACAAAAAACACUCUAAUUGGGGUUGUUUGCCAUCAAUAUGCCUACAGUAGAUCCAUCAUUAGUAAUUUAUUUUGUGCUUCAUGGAGUUAAUUGGUUUCUGGAGCACAGUUUUGUGUUUUGCAUUCAUGAUUACGUGUUAGGGGGAUUUUCACUUAGCAUCGUACCAGCGCUGCUGUUCAAUGUUCUCCUCACUAACCUAAAUCACUUGCAGAGAUCCUGAUAGCUUGGUAAUUGGAUGGUAAGAAACGAGAUUCACCUUCUCCCCAUUGUCAUCUAAUUUAUCAUCCACAAUAGUUUCCUUUUCUUUUCCUUCCUUGACUUGCCUCCCUUCUGUUUGCAUGUGAUGCUUGUUAUUGUGGAAUCUGUUUUCAGAGAAGUUAUGCUUAAAUUUGGAAAGUAUUUUGGAUUUGAGGAAAUUGAUACAAACAAACUUAAGCUCUACUGGCUGUUGCACUUUAAUUCAACUUUUCAUUGUUUCAGAUGGACAUUCCCGCAUGUAUGACACACCAUUUAUUUACGAUAGCAUGCAACUAUAGUCAUUUUAA